AUGGACUUAGGUUCAUUCUUGGCCGACGAUACUCUCGGUGGGGGAUCGUGGGCUGAUGAAGAUGUUGAUAUGUCAUCCAUUGGUGUCCCCAUGACCACUGCGGCUCCAAUUUCCAACAGAAGAUUAGCUGAAACUGGUGGAUUCAACAGAGAUUCUGGAUUCGGAUCUGGCGAACCAAGACGCGAACAACGUGAGAGACAAGAAUUUCCAAUUCCUGAUCAUCCUCCAUUUAGAGCUAGAGUUGGUAAUUUAGCAUGGGAAGCUAACGAAGAAAGUUUGAUUGAGUUCUUCGAAAUCAAAUUAGGAUCUCAAGGUAUUGUAUCAGAUGUUAAGUUACCCGUUGAUAAUCAGACUGGUAGAUUAAGAGGAUUUGGGUUCUUAACUUUUGAUAGUAGAUCCCACUUGGAGGAAGCAUUGCGUUUUAGUUUCUCUGAUUUCAACGGUAGAAAGAUUUACGUUGAUGUAGCGGCCCCUGAAAAGGCAGAUGUCUUUGAAAUGGACUGGAGAGGAGGAAGAGGUCCAUUAUCUGGAGGCAGAGGUGGUGACAGAGGUGACAGACCACCAAGAAGAGAAGAAGCUGACUUAGACUGGGGUUCAGCUAGAGGAUCUGGCGUCUUACCACCAAGAGAGCAUAGCAACAGAGACAGAGGUGAUAGACCACCUAGAAGAGAAGAACCACAAUUGGAUUGGGGUGUUGCAAGAGGCUCUGGAACUUUACCACCAAGAGAACACAGCAACAGAGAAAGAGGCGAAAGAACCGAAAGACCACCAAGAAAGGAAGAGCCACAAUUAGAUUGGGGUUCAGCAAGAGGAUCUGGCGUAUUGCCACCAAGAGAAAAUAGUAAUAGGGAAAGAGCAGAAAGGACCAGACCUAAGAAGCAAGAACCAGAAUUAGACUGGGGCAUUGCUAGAGGUACUGGAACUUUACCACCAAGAGAAAGAUCAAAUAGACAACAACAACAACAGCAACAAAAGAAGCCUGAAGGUGAAAACCUCGAUUGGAAGAGAGGUCAACCAUUAGGCGCCCGUACCAAGUCGUCAACAUCUGUCAAGAAGGCUGGUAAGGAAGAUAAGAAAGACCAACCAAAGCCUCAAAAGUCUUCUUUUGACGUCUUGUCAGUUGAUGAUUCUGAUGAUGAAGAAGAACCAUUAGCCGCUGCACCAUCAGAAGAAGAAGCAAAGGUUGAAGGUAAAGAAGAAGUAGAGAAGGUUGAUUCCACCUUGGAAAAAGCCACCGCUGAAUUAUCCAUUGAUGCUGAAUCCAAGGAUUCUGACGACUGGGAAGUUGUUAAAAAAUAA